ACAAAUUUCACAUCUCUCUGUUGUCUCAAUGUGCAAGUAAGAGAUCUCUCUCACCUCUAUCGAAAGUAAGGAAUUUUCCGUAGAAGCACGUAAGGAAUUUUCUACUUUCCGUGCAUGUAAGAAUUACAAGCAUAUUGAGCUUGUUUGCGUGUCAAUCGUUUGCUUGCUAGUUCCUUUUUCUCGCUCGAAGAUUCAUCAAAAAGAGUGGAAUAACGGGUGUCUAUAUCUUGUGUUUUGGUUGUUUAUAAUAGUUAUGACAUUAAUGUGGAUAUAUACUUAGGGGGCGUUGAUUUGUUCUCAUUUUCUUUCUGGAAAAAUUAAAGGGGCACAAUUGAAGAUUAGGCCACAAAAUGACUAAGGGAGAGAGCUUGCGUUUUAGCGAGUUAUUACCAUUCUCGUGCUUUAAAUCUCAGUCUAGUGAAAAUCAUGCUCGAAUUGGGCAAAAGGGAUACUCUAGGGUGGUUUAUUGCAAUGACCCUGAUAAUCCAGAGGCUAUUAAGCUUAAUUAUAGGGGAAAUUAUGUAUCAAAUACCAAGUAUACUGCGCUUAAUUUUAUUCCAAAGUCUUUGUUUGAGCAGUUUAGGAGGGUUGCAAAUUUUUACUUUCUUGUUGUAGCUUGUGUUUCAUUUAGUCCUUUAGCCCCCUAUACGGCACCUAGUGUUGCUGUACCUCUGCUUGUGGUGAUUGGAGCCACCAUGGCCAAAGAAGGUAUCGAAGAUUGGAGGCGAAGAAAGCAGGAUAUAGAGGCUAACAAUAGAAGGGUCAAAGUGUAUCAUAAAAAUUCUACCUUCCAUGAGACCAGAUGGAAGAAACUCCGAGUUGGAGACAUUGUUAAGGUGUCCAAGGAUGAGUAUUUUCCUGCUGAUCUGCUUCUGCUUUCAUCAAGCUAUGAGGAUGGAAUUUGUUAUGUUGAGACCAUGAAUCUUGAUGGAGAGACUGAUUUAAAAUUGAAGCAUGCCUUAGAGGUGACAUCCUCCCUACGUGAAGAAGAAUCCUUGAAGAAAUUUAUGGCCAUGAUUAAGUGUGAGGACCCGAAUGAACAGCUUUAUUCCUUUGUUGGAACAUUGUACUAUAACGGAUAUGAUUACCCACUUUUACCUCGGCAGAUUCUUUUAAGAGAUUCCAAACUCAGGAACACUGAAUUCAUCUAUGGUGUGGUUAUUUUCACGGGACAUGACACUAAAGUGAUGCAGAAUGUAGGAGACCCCCCCCCUUCUAAGAGGAGUAAAAUUGAGAGGAGAAUGGACAAGAUAGUUUAUCUCCUUUUCAGCAUGUUGGUUUUGAUAUCAUUUAUUGGAUCAAUAUUUUUUGGAAUUGAGACUACGAAGGAUUUUAGAGGUGGGAGAUUUAGAAGGUGGUAUCUUCGACCGGAUGACACAACUGUGUUUUUUGACCCCCAAAGAGCACCAAUUUCUGCAUUUUUUCAUUUCUUGACAGGACUUAUGCUGUAUGGAUAUCUGAUACCAAUAUCAUUGUAUGUGUCAAUUGAAAUUGUAAAGGUUUACAAACUUUUCAUUAACCAAGAUCAGGAUAUGUACUAUAAGGAAACCAACAAGCCUGCACAAGCACGCACAUCUAAUUUGAAUGAGGAGCUUGGGCAGGUUGAAUACAUAAUGUCUGACAAAACUGGUACAUUGACAUGCAACUCAAUGGAAUUUGUCAAAUGUUCUAUAGCAGGAGUUGCUUAUGGCUGUGGUAUGACAGAAGUAGAAAGGACCUUGGCGAGGAUAGCAGGUGAUGGGCCACUGGAAGCUGAUGAUACUAGAAACUCAGGAACAAUCAAGGGAUUCAACUUCAGAGAUGAACGUAUAAUGAAUGGACAGUGGGUUAAUGAACCCCAUUCAUAUGUCAUAAAGAAGUUCUUUCGAAUUUUAGCAGUCUGCAACACAGCAGUUCCUGAGAGAAACAAAGAAACAGGUGAAAUUUUUUAUGAAGCCGAAUCCCCAGAUGAAACAGCCUUUGUCAUAGCUGCAAGGGAGAUUGGAUUUGAGUUGUUUGAAAGGACACAAUCAAGCAUAUCAUUGCAUGAGUUGGACCCUGUUACUGGUGAAAAACUUACCAGUUUGGUGGUUGAGGGGGAGUCCUUGGCUUUUGCGCUACACAACAAGCUGGAGAAGAAAUUUUUGAAUCUUGCACUUGCUUGUGCUUCUGUUCUAUGUUGUCGGUCCACUCCCAAACAAAAAGCUCUUGUCACGAGACUGGUGAAAAUGGAUUCUAGUAAAACAACAUUGGCAAUUGGUGAUGGGGGGAAUGAUGUCAGCAUGCUUCAGGAGGCUGAUAUUGGAGUUGGCAUUAGCGGUGUUGAAGGAAUGCAGGCUGUGAUGUCAAGUGACUUUGCAAUUGCUCAAUUUCGUUUUCUGGAACGGUUAUUGCUGGUACAUGGCCACUGGUGCUAUAGGCGAAUAGCAAUGAUGGUAUGCUACUUUUUCUACAAGAACAUCACAUUUGGGUUUACUUUGUUUUGGUUUGAGGCCUAUGCUUCUUUCUCUGGUCAGCCUGCGUAUAAUGAUUGGUACAUGUCAUUCUACAAUGUAUUCUUCACUUCGCUUCCUGUAAUUGCUCUUGGUGUUUUUGAUCAGGAUGUUUCUGCACGGCUUUGUCUCGAGUAUCCUUUGUUAUAUAGAGAGGGAAUCAAAAACAUCCUCUUCAGCUGGCCCCACAUCCUUCUUUGGAUAUGUAAUGGAGUUCUUACUUCCAUAAUUAUCUUCUUCUUCACCAUCAAUUCCAUGAUCAAUCAAGCCUUCCGGAGAGAUGGUCAAGUUGUUGACUAUGAGAUCCUUGGGGCGACGAUGUAUACUUGUGUAGUUUGGGCCGUAAAUUGCCAAAUAGCACUCUCUAUCCAUUACUUCACCUGGAUUCAGCACUUCUUCAUCUGGGGAAGCAUAGCUUUCUGGUAUAUAUUUAUGGUGAUAUAUGGUUUUCUUCCACCCGGAGUAUCUACAACAGCACAUAAGGUUUUUGUGGAAGCCUGUGCACCCAGUAUUCUAUAUUGGCUUGUCACUCUUCUUGUUGUUAUUUCGACGCUGCUACCAUACUUCUCAUACAGGGCAUUUCAAUCUCGAUUUCUACCCAUGUACCAUGAUGAUAUAAUUUCAGUCAGAAGGAGGCCACGAGGCUGAGAUUUCUGAUGAGCCAGGAGGUGGGAAAAAAAAUCAAAACAGAUCAUGCAAAGGAAAAUACGAGGCAGAGAAACGUCUCAUGAAAAUGUGUAUUUGCAGCUGCCAACCGGGGUCAACUCAGGUGGCCUUAUGCUUGUAGGUGGGAGUGUAUGUAUAUGAAGAUGUGGAUGUUUUUUAUCAGUCUCCUGUAGAUUAGACAAGGGCAAACAUCAACUUCUUCACCCAUGCUUUGAACUAUCUCGUUCCUAAUUUGUUCAUGGUUAUAAACAUUUCUGUAUAGUUUUUGAUUGGGUUUGUUGGUUUUACGUUCUUCA